AGUCUCCCUUUUGUAAGAACGCCUAUCAUCAAUAUGAUCAUCAUCACUACUACUACCCCAACAAUGGUAGCAAUAGCAUCUGUGACCGAGGACUCACAGUCAGAGACACACAAGACACUUUAUAUGAUCAUCGCGGCUAUAGCCGCCAUUGCUGUCAUGGGAUCUGUCUUUCUGCUCCGAGUGUAUUUCUGUGGCUCAUCUGAGCGUGGUGAAUCGUAUGAUGAAGAAUGCCAGGACCCAACGACGAGGCGGAAGAGGCGACUGAAGUCGUUGGUGGAGGAGAAGACUCUUCGUGCGGAGUACAAGGACUAUAAGCUCUUGCAACGAAGUCGGAUGAGCACUAUGGUCUCUUCCUUCGACGAGGGCUCCUUGUAUGAAACCUCAGCCGAAGCUGACUCGGUCAUCACCGGUAGAGGGAUGGCCUCCUCUAUGUUCCACUUGGAGAACGAUGAUGACGCUGAGGAGUUGUACCCGUCAGGAAAAAUGGGUGCUGGAAGAGCAACGGAGUGCGCAGUUUGUCUCGGCGAAUAUAAGUCUGAUGACCUCGUGUGUGAGCUCGAAUGUGGUCAUGUGUUCCAUGAGGAUUGCCUUUUCAAGUGGUUCCUGAGGUCCGGCAACGCCCAGUGCCCGCUCUGUCGCUAUAAUUUGGAGGACGAGUCGAAUCCCCUUCCUCCUCCCCCUCUGGAUAGUCUCCAGUCAGAAGAUGGCCCUAUUGUAGGGUUAUCCCGGUUGAAUAACGUGUGAUGAUGCCUUGAUGAUGAUAUCAAGCACCACAAUUUUGCAUCCCUGCCCUACUGCGUAUCCAGGCGAAUUUUGAUGCUGACCUCGCACGCCUGAUUAUAGCUAUGACCCGCUUUUUACUGUUCUUUUCCUUCUAUGACUAGUGCUGCUCUUAGCUUGCGAUUAAUUUUAUAAGCCCGUUCCUACUGCUAGCACUACUUCGAAGGACUGUCAUAAGUACUCUACUAUAUCCUACCCUUGGUUUCUCUGUCCACCUAUCGGUGUUCCCGAUAGUAUGUAUUAUUUUGGUCAGUGAUGAUGGUGCCAGGCGUCAUCAUGUGCAGCAUUCAGUUCGUUGUCAUCGCAGUGGUGCCGUAUUUGAUUGUACGACUGUUCUAUUUGCGGUCAACCAAUGUUGUCGUCUUUUUUGUGCACUAGUAGCAUCUCAUCUUAACUGUUUCUCGAGUUAAUAGCUUCCGUAGGGGAGAGAAAGCCGUGUACAAGCACCGCUUCAUCGGCAUAGUCUUAUCGUGCAACAGUGGAGAUGAUUCACAUGUAUGCAUCGAUUGUUGAUAGUAUGUUGUCAUUAUGGGUUCGUAAGUGUAUAACCUAUGAUAGUAACU